AGGAGCCACUCCCAUGGGCUCCUCUCCAAUGUUGGGCCUGGAAGCACUGAGAACACAGGAUGGGGCAGACCCCCAGAACAUGGGGCUGGAGCAGGUGGUAGAGCUCAUCAGGACCCACCUCCUUGUUCCAGACACUUGGUGAAACCGAGGCCCAUAGAGCAGGGAGACUAGAGCCCAGGCCCUCCCAGAACUGCUAACACAGGACACUGCGCCACUGGGCCAGAGGGAGCUUGGGUGGGAACAUAAACAGCAGCUUGGUCAGGUGAGGACGAGGCAGGGUAGACACCAGCUGGCCUGGUGUGCCCACGUGCCAGAGCUGGAGAGGACCAGGAGCAAGUGGUCCAGCAGGCCUGGGGCGGCUGGUGUGGGUCAGAGCGCCCAUCACUGACUCGUGAGAACCCCACUGCCCCUGCCAGCUCUGGCACUGCCCCCUCCCAGGGGCCUCGCCCGAGCACCCAGAGGGGCACCCCGCCCCACCGUGGCCCAGUCCGGCCCCUCCCGCCCUUUGCUCCAAUUCCCGGGCUUGGCACCUAUAGUGGGGGUGCUGCCCGCCUGCCAGGCUCCGGGGCCGGGCCCACGGGAGGGUGGGGCUGCUGGGAAGCUGGCACGCUGCCCCGGGGGAGCCUCUCUCGGCAGGCGCCCGGGUGCCGUGGGGGGGAGGGGUGAACAAAGGGCUCAUUCUCCCUGUGCGCAGCCGGUGGCAUCGCCGGGGCGUUGGCGGAAGCCCCCAGGGCCCGGGAGGGGGCAGGCCCAGGCGGGGCCGCCGAAUCACGGGCUCCUGUUUCCCGCAGGGUGCUGGAGGAGGAAACCGGCGGAGCAGCUUCCCCACUCUCAGUUGCGCGUCUGGCGAUGGCGAUCAGAGGUCCUGCUGCGCUCUCCGCCGCGCUCUCGCUCCAUUAGACGCGCUGCGCCCUGCUGCACCCUCGCCGGUGCCUCUCUCCUGGGUCCCGGGAUCGGCCCCCCUUCCAGGCACAAUCCCCUCCCCCGGCCCCUCGGCCUUUCCCCCUACUCGGCCAUCUCCAACCCGGGGCGCGCGUUCCCCCCGGCCCGGCUCCCUCUCUCCCUCCGGGGGCACCCGCUCCCCAGCCCCGGCCCGGCCCUCCCCGCGGCGCAGCACGGAGUCUCGGCGUCCCAUGGCUCAACCCACGGCCUCGGCCCAGAAGCUGGUGCGGCCGAUCCGCGCCGUGUGCCGCAUCCUGCAGAUCCCGGAGUCCGAUCCCUCUAACCUGCGGUCCUAGAGCGCCCCCGCCGCCCCGGGGGAGAGAGCGCGCGAGUGCACUGAGCAGAGAGCGGGAGAACGAGUCUUCCCCCGUCGGCCGGAAGGCCCCGGAGCCGGUCCAUGGGGAGCGGGCGCCCGCCGGCCACGACGACCGCCGCCGCCCGCGCCGCGCCCGUCCCGUGAAGCCCAGGGACCUCCUCUGGAAGAGCCCCAUGAGGGCAGGAGAGUGAUGGAGAGUAUGCCCAGCUUCCUGAAGGAGACCCCGGCCUGGGAGAAGACGGCCCCUGAGAACGGCAUCGUGAGACAGGAGCUGGAUACUCAGCUGCGAGAGAGCCUGCGCCGUGGGACGCUGUGCCUAGGAGAGCCUGCUCCCUUCUGGAGGGGGUUCCUGAGCACCCCAGGCUCCUGGCUUCCCCCUGGCUUCCCCCAGAGCCCCAAGGACACGAUCCCACUGGUGGAGGGUGAAGGCCGCCAGAAUAGGGAGAGGGAGGCCAGCUGGCCAGGUGGCAAGGAGGGGCUGCGCUGGAAGGAAGCUGUGCUCACCCAUCCCCUGGCAUUCUGCGGGUCCACGUCCCCACCUCGCUGUGGUCCCCUGCUUCCUGAGCAUAGCGGAGGCCAUCCCAAGAGUGACACUGUGGCCUUCCGGCCUUUGCACUGCCCCUUCCUUCUGGAGACCAAGAUCCUGGAGCGAGCCCCCUUCUGGGUGCCCACCUGCCUACCACCCCACCUAGUGUCCAGCCUGCCACCAGAACGUCCAUGUGACUGGCCUGUGGCCCCACACCCCUGGGUGUACUUGGGGGACCAGCCCAAAGUGCCCUCUGCUUUCAGCUUAGGAAGCAAGGGCUUCUACCACAAGGAUCCAAGCAUUCUCAGGCUGGCAAAGGAGCCGUUGCCAACUACAGAAGCUGGGUUGUUGGGCUCAGCCCUUGGUGGGCAUCUCCAGAGAACUGGGGAGGUGGAACGCCCUUCACUCCACCAGAGGGAUGGAGAGACAGGAGUCGGCAGGCACCAGAAUCUUUGCCCACUUCUCCUCGGGCAUCCAGACACUGUUCCUGGGACCUCCUGGCCCACUUGUCCCCCAGGCCUGGUUCAUACUCUUGGCAACAUCUGGGCUGUCCCAGGGGGUGGGAAACUUGGGUACCAGCUGGGGCCGUCAGCCACAUUAAAGUGCCCCUCUCCUGGGCCUCCUACCGCCCAAGUGGGCUGUUGCUCAUCUUGCCCACCCGCUAGAGAUGGAAGUCUUGGCUCUUGUGGGAAGUGCCAGGAGGGCCUGGAGGCAAGCACCAGUGGGCCCAGUGAAUCCAGCGAGGAAGCAAACAAGUGCCCUGGUCCCAGGGCCUGCCCGCCCAGCCAUCACACCAAGCUGAAGAAGACAUGGCUCACACGACACUCUGAGCAGUUUGGGUGCCCAGGCAGCUGCCCUGGGGAUGAGGAGAGCCCAGCUGCCCAGCUGCAGGCCCUCAAGAGGGCAAGCAGCCCUGAGAUCUGGGGAGCAGUGGGAAGCCCAGCCGCCAAGCGCCCACCUGACCGUUUCCCAGGCAGUACGGGGCAAGGGGCCAGAGGAUGGCAGGAGGUGCUGGACUCGUCAUUUGGGAACAAGGCGGAGGCAGAACAGCGUGAUGACCACAGAGGACCCCCAGAUGGCAGGGCCAGCCUCCAGGACCCAGGGCUUCAGGAUACACCUUGCUUGGCUCCCCCGGCAAGCAUUGCUCAGUGCCAAAGCUGUGCUCAGGCAGCUGGAGAGGCAGGAGGGCUGGCCUGCCACUCCCAGCAAGUACCGAGAUUGCCUCUGGGAGGGGAGCAGCAGCAGGAGGAAGACUCGGCAGCCAGCUCUGAGGAGGGAGGAGGGUCUGGCCUGGAGGCCGGGCUCAGCACGGGCCUUGCCAAGCACCUGCUAAGUGGUUUGGGGGACCGAUUGUGCCGCCUGCUGCGAAGGGAGCGGGAAGCCCUGGCCUGGGCACAGCGGGAAGGACAGGGGCCAGCCGGGACAGACGACAGCCCAGGCAUUCCACGCUGCUGCAGCCGCUGCCACCACGGACUCUUCAACACCCACUGGAGAUGCCCCUGCUGCAGCCACCGGCUGUGUGUGGCCUGUGGCCGCAUGGCGGGUGCUGGGAGGGCCAGGGAGAGAGCAGGCUCUCAGGAACAGUCCACAGAGGAGUGUGCGCAGGAGGCUGGGCACGGGGCCUGUCCCCUGAUGCUCACCCAGUUUGUCUCCAGCCAGGCUUUGGCAGAAUUGAGCACCGCAAUGCACCAGGUCUGGGUCAAGUUCGACAUCCGGGGGCACUGCCCCUGCCAAGCUGAUGCCCGGGUGUGGGCCCCAGGAGAUGGGGGCCAGCAGAAGGAGCCGACAGAGAAAACUCUCCCAACUCCACAACCUUCUUGCAACGGGGAUACCAACAGGACCAAGGACAUCAAAGAGGAGACCCCGGACUCCACAGAUACCCUGGCAGAGGACCGUGCUGGCCGAGGGCCCCUGCCUUGUCCCUCGCUCUGUGAACUGCUGGCCUCCACUGCUGUCAAACUCUGCUUGGGGCAUGAGCGGAUACACAUGGCCUUCGCCCCCGUCACUCCAGCCCUGCCCAGUGAUGACCGCAUCACCAACAUCCUGGACAGCAUCAUUGCGCAGGUAGUGGAACGGAAGAUCCUGGAGAAAGCCCUGGGGCCGGGGCUGCGGGCCGGACCGGGCCUGCGCAAGGGCCUGGGCCUGCCCCUCUCCCCGCUGCGGCCCCGGCUGCCUCCUCCUGGGGCUUUGCUGUGGCUGCAGGAGCCCAGGCCUCGGCGUGGCCUCCACCUCUUCCAGGAGCACUGGAGGCAGGGCCAGCCUGUGUUGGUGUCAGGGAUUCAGAGGACAUUGCGAGGCAACCUGUGGGGGACCGAAGCUCUUGGGGCUCUUGGAGGCCAGGUGCAGGCACUCACCCCCCUCGGGCCUCCCCAGCCCACAAGCCUGGGCAGCGCUACAUUCUGGGAGGGCUUCUCCCGUCCUGAGAUUCGCCCAAAGUCAGAGGAGGGCUCAGUCCUUCUGCUGCACAGAGCUCUGGGGGAUGAGGACACCAGCAGAGUGGAGAACCUGGCCGCAAGCCUGCCACUCCCAGAGUACUGUGCCCAGCGUGGGAAACUCAACCUGGCUUCCUACCUCCCCCCGGGCCCUCCCCUGCGUGCACUGGAGCCCCAGCUGUGGGCAGCCUAUGGUGUGAGCCCACACCGUGGCCACCUGGGGACCAAGAACCUUUGUGUGGAGGUGACCGACCUGGUCAGUGUCCUGGUACGUGCUGAAGCCCCGCUGCCUGCCUGGCACCGGGUACAGAAAGACUUCCUCUCAGGCCUGGACGGAGAGGGGCUCUGGUCUCCGGGCAGCCAGGUCAGCACUGUGUGGCACGUGUUCCGGGCACAGGACGCCCAGCGCAUCCGCCGCUUUCUGCAGAUGGUGUGCCCGGCCAGUGCAGGCAACCUGGAGCCUGGCACCCCGGGCAGCUGCUACCUGGACGCAGGGCUGCGGCGGCGCCUGCGAGAGGAGUGGGGCGUGAGCUGCUGGACCCUGCUGCAGGCCCCUGGAGAGGCGGUGCUGGUGCCUGCGGGGGCUCCCCACCAGGUGCAGGGCCUAGUGAGCACAGUGAGCGUCACUCAGCACUUCCUGUCCCCCGAGACCUCUGCCCUCUCUGCUCAGCUCUGCCACCAGGGACCCAGCCUGCCCCCUGACUGCCGCCUGCUUUAUGCCCAGAUGGACUGGGCUGUGUUCCAAGCAGUGAAGGUGGCUGUGGGAACAUUACAGGAGGCUCAGUAGGGGGGUGCCAGGUGUCUGGGGUAGGGGUGGGGCAAGUAGGCCAAGUGCUCAGCCCAGGCACAGCUUCAGCAGGGAAUGAUGCUGGGGGACGUGGGGACUUUCGGUGAAUCCUACAAGCACCACUCUGGGCACAAGCAGGGCACCCUGUUCCCCACCCCUGACCUGGGCCCUAAAGCCAACAGCCACAGUGCCACCACAGCUCACUGCCCUGCACAGGCUGGCGCCUGCUCCACCCCUGCGCCCCUCUGCAUGGUACCAGGCCCACGCUGGGGAUGAUUGACUCCCUCCAACCCCUGCCCCCAACCCAGGAGACAAACAGCCCUUCCUUAGGGUACCUUGGGAAUCAUUCUGGUUUAAGCAACACCUUCUGCUGCCUCAUCCCCUGCUGCCCACCUCUGCCUCAAGCUCUGCUUACACCACCCACAUCCUCCCUGCGCCCCACUUCACACUGCAGGCAUGCUGGACAAGGGGCCGCCAAAAUUCUGCCCUCUUUCUAGGCAGCUGUGAAGAGUGGGGAGGGGUGGCAUCAGGGGACUGCCCAGGCUUGGCUGGAGGGAAUGAUAUGGGCAGUGCCCUGUCCCUCCUCCCUCCUCUCACCUCCCUCCUUCAUAAUUUCCAUUAAAGUCUGUUGUUUUGUGAA